GGUGCAGCCUGUCCCUGCUUAUGCUUUCUGACUCUGGCAACUUCUUGUGGAGUUGUUGCCAGCCCCGGAGAUACACAGGCCAAAAACAAAACGUGCAGAAGUUACGUUGGAUUUAUCUUAUGUUAAGAAACACCCCAACGGACACAAGAAAGAAUUCGCGUGAAUCAACGCACGAGGCAUUUAAAGCGUCCAACAUGUUCACGCGCGGGUCAAAGAAGCGACGCUCCAAUCGCUCGACUGAGGCAGAGGAUCCAGACAGAGGGCAGCCAUGUAUGCGCUGUGGAGAACAGUGUCCUGGCUUUCACAUGCACGGAUGGAGGAAGAUCUGUGUGCACUGUAAGUGUGUGCGCGAAGAGCAUGUGGUGCGCUCGGUGCCCGGCCAGCUGGAGAGAAUGAUGAUGAAGCUGGUGUCUGACUUUCAAAGGCACUCCAUAUCCGACGAUGACUCGGGCUGUGCCUCGGAAGAAUACGCAUGGGUACCGCCCGGACUCAAGCCUGAACAGGUUUAUCAAUACUUCAGCUGUAUUCCAGAUGAUAAGGUUCCAUACGUGAACAGUCCAGGAGAACGAUAUCGCAUUAAACAGCUCUUACACCAACUCCCAGCCCAUGACAGCGAGCCUCAGUACUGUAACUCUCUGGAUGAAGAAGAGAAGAAGGAACUGAGGUUAUUCAGCCAGCAGAGGAAGAGAGAGAAUCUGGGUCGUGGCAUCGUACGACUUUUCCCGGUUACCAUGACCGGAGCCAUCUGCCAACAGUGUGGCAGGCAGAUCUAUGGUGGUGAUAUGGCGGUGUUUGCGUCUCGGGCGGGUCACGGCUCCUGCUGGCAUCCUCAGUGUUUCCAGUGUGCUUUCUGUAGUGAGCUUCUGGUGGAUCUCAUUUACUUCUAUCAGGACGGACACAUCUACUGCGGCCGACACCACGCUGAACGCAUCAAACCCCGCUGCCAGGCUUGCGAUGAGAUCAUCUUUGCGGAUGAAUGUACGGAGGCAGAGGGCCGUCACUGGCACAUGAAACAUUUCUGUUGUUUUGAGUGCGAGACAGCGCUCGGAGGUCAGCGCUACAUCAUGAGAGAGAGUCGGCCCUACUGCUGCUGCUGUUAUGAGUCACUGUACGCUGAGUACUGUGACACCUGCGGAGAACAUAUUGGUAUAGACCAGGGUCAGAUGACAUAUGAGGGCCAACACUGGCAUGCCUCUGAAGCAUGUUUCUGCUGUGCCUGUUGUCAGCUCCCUCUGCUGGGCAGACCCUUCCUGCCACGCAGUGGGCUCAUUUUCUGCUCUCGCUCCUGCUCGCUGGGUGAAGACCCAGAUAAUUCAGACUCCUGUGAUUCUGCCCUACAGUGUAAUUCUGCAACACAUAAAACCACUCAAAAUAAGCAGCAUAGUUCCACACCCCGGCCACAGGGGGGAACCAAUCCCACUGCUGUCAACUCUAAAGCCAGUUCUCGGAAGAAUGCAGUCAUAGCGACCAGUACAACAACAGUGAAUGGGUGUAGUCAUUUUCCACUGGAGAGCAGAGGUGUUUACACCUCAUUCACUGCCAUACCAAAGGGUGAACCUCCACCGUAUGGACAAAGACACUCCUAUUCACCAUCUCAGCUCUGUCCUGUAGCCAAUGACAGGGCAGAAUUACCGUGCAGGGACCAAUCAAACAUCAACAUGCACCAAGUGAAUAAUAAGUCAGACAGUUCGUGCAGUGGUUUGGAGUUUACAGUGGAGCUGAAUGGAUAUGCUGAAUUUGGCCCAUUCCCACCAAGCUGCACAUCCAGGGGGACUUCCACAGCAAAGGAUUGUGGGGACAUCAUCGAGAGCAGUUGUACAGAAAUUCCCCCUCAACCUCCGCCUUCAGAUGAAUUUGACAAUCUAGAUGACUCCUUUCCACCCCCUCCAUCCCCUGUUUUCUUCGAGCCAUCUGAUUCGCCGACCCCUUCAGUUUCCCCGCCUACUGUUACUGAAGCGGAAGACCCUCCCACCACACCUGUCCGCGGCAGCACGGCCCGGGUCAGCUUCAGAGAGCCAAUCAGCUGCAGUUAUUCAGUGGAAGAGGAAGAGUGGGAGGAGCAGGAGGAAGUAGGAGUGGAGAGAAAAGAGGGAGAGGAGGAGGAGCAGGAGGAAGAUGAAGUUGAGGGCAGUUUGGGACACAGGUUGCGGAUGUGCAGUGGAGUACCUUCACAAAUGGACCUGUUGGAUGGAUCGUACCACCGUGGUUUCCGGCGGGGCCACCUUGCCACAGAGAAGCGCUUGCGGCGUUCCAGAGGCUCGCGGAGAGACAGACCUCGUCUGGACACCCUGGACUACUGGGAUGGUGACCAUAGGUGUCGCUCCAACAGCAUCCUGGACGGCAGCAGGAAUGGCAAUCUGAAACUGCACUUCACCCGCUACAGACACGAAGAAUCCUGCUCAACCUGCUCCUCUUCCUCAGACUCAGAGGAGGAAGGCUUUUUCUUGGGCCAGCGUAUUCCUUUGCCACCGCAGCUGACGUGUGGUGAGAGGGUGGGGGAAGGACAGAGAGAGAAAGAGGACAAGGAGAAGAGACAAACAGGAAGUUUUAGGAGGAAAAGGACACAGAGUCUCAGUAGAGGAGACAAGGAUAAGAACUGCAUACUGUCCUGAGACAAAGAGAAUGAGGCUGUGUUCAGAAUAGUAUACUACCAUACUACUCUUAUUAUUGUUGCAGUAUAACGUGUGUAUACCAGGGCUCAAGAGUCAGAAAUUGUUCUGCUUGCCCAGCCACAAAAAAGUAUGCAUUUGAUUUUUAGAAAUGUAUUUUAUAUAUCCUAUUAAAUGUCAAGAUGAUAACCAAAUUUCAAGACAUUUUUACACAAUAUUGGAUUAAAACGCGAAAUAAACCGUCUUUAUUUCCCAAGAUAAUAACCACUAAAAUGGAUGCCAUUUGCUGAAUUAACAUGAAACGUGAUGAAGUUAUGCGACAAACAUAGUGAGUUCUUGUGACAACAAUAUAGUAUGCUGCUGUUUGAAAUUUUUAUCAUGGAAAAAUGUCUACUUUUUAAAAAUAAUAGGUACUUAAGCAGUAUUCAGUAACAGUGAUUGAUGUAAUCCAAUCACAAAGUAAUUUGCUAUCAUUUAAAGUAGAAAAGUAGUGUAAUGUUUUACAUUUUACAUUCUUGUAAUCAGAUUACAGUUUCUGACUUUCAAUUAAAGUAAUUGCUUUAAGUACAUUACUUGGGUUAAACAUGUUUCUAAAAUAAUAUUAUGUAUAAUACAUUUAAAACAUGAAUUAAUAUGUCCAUAUGUACGUCUGUUUACGUUAAGGAAAAAUAGACCUUUUUUUGAAUUUGUUGAGCAGAACAAAAAACCUCUUCAAUGAAAAGUAUUUUUGAAAGUAACUUAAAAGUGAACUAAUUAGUAAUGUGAUUUCAGUCAUGACAACUCUCUGAAAGAAUUGGCAUGUUAAUGUGUGUAUGACAUAUUGGUAGGGUAGUGGUCUUGGCAGACUAGAUCUGCUGAUGCUGCUGCUUCUACAGCAGAGCAAGUAUGGAGACUUGCUACUGCUAGAACUUACACAGACAUACUAGAACAUAUGACAUACAAUCCCCGUAUAGCAGCACUAGACCCGUGGAGCUGGGGUGGAGGUGGGUUUCAGAAAAAAAACUCAUGCAGUACGCUGCAGAGAAACCAGCUUAUCUUCAAAACUGAGCUAUUUAAAUGUUAGACAAAGAGAGAGAAGCAAGUUGAUUGGUUAGCAGAUUACAAGUCAAAGGACCAAUCAGCUUACACCAUAUGAGCCUACUGGCUUAACAUGUCACAUGUGAGUGAGCCAAAUGGCUAACAGAUAACAAGCUUGCGCCACAUUUUGCGAGUUGCAUGGCUGAACUUUUUUGAUUAAGUAACUGGUAAAGUAAUCAUCAAUUUUAGAAAAGUAAUUAGUAAUUUGCAUUACAGUUACUUGUUUUGAGGUAUUUACCCAACACUGUUCAGUAAGUAGUAAGCAGCAUUCUGUUCUGAACAUAUGACACAGAAAAUGCAAGAAUAACUCUAAAAAAUGUUAGUGAUUUUUUCUUGUGUAGGAUUUUAAAAGACCUUGUCGUGAACUUAUAUCACAUUACAAGAUCUAUCAACCCUGUUCAAUAAACUCAACCAAAUCAAGAAACUGCUUUGUCAUGAACAAAGAUCACAUUAUCUGACAGUCUGUGCAACUGUGUACCAAUAUUUAUUUAUUUUUUUACAGAUGAUAACAUAUAUUCAUCCAAUAAGUAGUUACUUAAAGGUGCCUAGUCAAAUAUACUGGCAUUAUUUGAUCUGACAGGGCUGAGGAACAUUUCUAAAUCAAAUUGGGCUUGGAAAAAGUACAAGACAGCUUCCAAUUUUCUGUAAAAGUACUCCAUUAUCUACUGUAUAUUGAAUAUAUUUCAUUUUACAUUUCUUUAGAGCUAAGUAAGAGACUCUAUGCUAUGUUGCGAAUCGAAUACUAGCAUAGUAUAAUACAGUGCAGUAAACAAUGCAUGCUGCCGAUAUUUGUAUGUAUUUUUUAAACAUUAUGUGAAACACUGCCAGAGACUGUUUAGCCCCGAGAUGAAGCACGUAUAUUAAAAUGAAUGGGAGAAAAUUAAGAAAAAUUUGUAGAAAAAGAAGUCCCGCCUUACAGGUAAAAGAGCCAAUCACCUUUCAGAUACAGACCUCGUAUGUCAUAUAACUCAAAAACGUGAAUUUCCAAUUCAAGUAGGCUAUCCAUGGAAAAUAGCUGCCAGGGAGCGUCCCCAAGAUGGCCGCCGUGUGCACUGACUUGCCUUGAAAGGGACUUUGGCAGUAUGCAUUAUGUAACGAUAAACAUUUUGCACAAUAGUAUGCUACAUUGUUUGGGUCACAUGAACUCACUAGAUUGAACGAUUCAUUGAGUAAGUGGUGUCCAGAUCUAGGAAAUGAAAGCAGGUUUUUUUUUAUUUUUGUGUAUCCAUACUAUAUACUGAAGAAUGUAGUAUGGUAGUAUGCUAUUCCAAACAACCCUGUGUCUAGGUGAAAGGUAAUUCCAAUAAUUCUAUAAAACCAGAGAUUAUCUGAUUUUAAAAGAUUCUUUUAAAAUUACAGAAAUGAGUGUUGUUGAGGUGCUUCAAUAAAGGUUACAUCUAAUCCCAUAGUAUCUAAAAUCAACUUCUUAAAAUGGCUACUUGUGAUCAGUUGUAGCUUGUUUGACUAGUUUUGAAAGGGUUGUGUAAUUUGCACUUUAACUAAGUGUAACUAAGUGAAACUUAUUGAAAUGUAAACACAAUGUUAUUGGGUUGCUGCAUUUGAGCAUGCAUUGUCAUAAAUGUUGUUUGAGAAACAUAAGUCAACCAACAGAAUGUUCCAUAAUGUUUUCAUGGUAUUUCUAACAUACAGAAUAGCAUACAUGAGGCUAUUGCGGGCUGUAUAUUAAUUAAAACAUGACAAAAUGUACUCUUUCUCUCUUCAUGAGCUGUAUGAUAUGUAAAUAUUUACAUUUCAAACCUGUAAAACGAGAAUUUUAAUACAGACAUAUGGCUUUCUCUUUGUGUUUUAUGAAUGAAAUGGUGAUUGUUUUAUAUUCUCAUGAAGAUUCUUGCUUUCAGCUGUGACUAUAAUUUUUAGGACGUUUUUCCUUUAUUGGAGGAAAAAAUAAAAUACACUUAUACCUA